AUGGACGACGAAAGAGCUGCGGAGGACGAGGAGGAAACAGAGGAAGUGGCCAAGGUGGUGGAGGAGCUGGACUCCUCGGCAACGGAGACCGAGCUGGAUGCGGAAGAAGAUGGAGCAGCCGACGAGGUGGUGGUGACAGAGGAAGAGGCCUCAGAUGAAGAAGACGAUGGAGCGGCACUGCUCGAUGAGGCAGCGGUGCUGGAGACGGUGCUGGAUGCCCUGCUCGAGGAGCUUGCGGCACUCGAGGAAGAGGCCGAGCGGGAGGAGCUGGAGCUGACGCUGGCGCCCACGUCUUUGCAAACACUGGAGAAAGAGUCGGCCGCGGUGUCUGCGUCGUCCCCGCACUUGGACUUCAAACAAGAGGACAUCUCAGAAGACUCAUUGCUGCAAACACAGGCAAUCUGA